UGGAAGGGAUCCAGUGAUUUGGAUUGAGUCCCUUGUAUUGAGAUCUAAAACAGAUUCAAAUUGAAUGAAAAUGAAAAAGAAAUUCUCUUCUAAUGGAGAGGAGAAGUUAAAGUGGAUGAUGGAGCUUCGAAUGACCAGCCCACAGACUGGGCUAUUGGCAACUAAUGGUCGACCUGAAUAUGGUAAAUCGGAGUGCAAGUCAACGAUUAAACGUGAAACCACCAAUGGUCGAGAUACAUCAUCUUUACUUCUCCAGCGUGAAGCUGACCUGUCAAUUGAUCAAAGUGGACUUCAACGUUACCUUCCCCAUUGUGUUCAAUUUGCAUUUGCUGAUAAAGGUGCUGAAGGAUUAUACCGGGAAUAUUAUGCCAAUGAGAAAAGGACCGAUUUUACCACCUUACUAUCAAUUACGCUAAUUGUUAAUCUUCUCCUUCUAUCUCUUUAUUCAAUACAUUACACGCCAAGCAAGCUACCCCAAUUAAUUGUCCUCUUGUCAACACUUGUUCUCACUUGCCUCAUCUAUUUGUGGACAUGUAAAUGGGGAAUCCAAAGUAAACCUAUCAAUUAUUCAACUGAUCCUCAUCAUGUCACCUCAUCUUCUCCAUCAUCAUCAACAUCCUCAUCCACAUCAACCUCAUCCCAUUCAUUAUCUAAACGAUUACUCCGGAAAGGGGGACAACAACGUAUGUGGACAAUUGUACCCUUUAUAGUGUGGCUUAUUUUCAUAGCCCAUAUCAUCUGUGAUGUUACCCUUUUCUCACAACCUAGGCAACCAAGUGAUAGUCUAGCAUUUCUUUUACUUUACACCUUUUCAAUUUAUGUAAUAUACCCGUUAAGAUUAACAAUUGUGUGCAUUCUUUCAAUUGCAAUGGCAUCUUUGCAUACAAUUCCACUUUUAACACCCUCCUCCUCUUCCUCCUCCUUCACGAUUACGGAUAACUUAUUAUAUUAUCAGAUUGGAGCAAAUAUAAUAUUAAUUAUUGGAAUCAACCUUUUGGGUUUAAUGUCUUUCUUUUUCUAUGAACGUCAACAGCGACGAGCUUUCCUUGAAACUUGCCAAUCCCUUGAAGUUAAACUUGUCCUCGAAGAGGAAUCAGCCGAACAGGAAAGGCUACUUUUAUCCGUUUUACCAAAACACGUUGCAGCCGAGAUUCGUCAAGAUUUAGGUUCAAUGGUUACUGGUCAGUUUAAAAAGAUUUACAUGUCCCGUCACGAGAAUGUGUCAAUUUUGUUUGCCGAUAUCGUCGGUUUUACAGCAAUCAGUUCAACUUGUUCCGCUGCGGAACUGGUGAAAACAUUGAAUGAACUGUUUGCUCGAUUUGAUAAGCUUUCCGAUAAAUAUCAUCAGUUGCGAAUAAAAAUUUUAGGCGAUUGUUAUUAUUGUAUUUCGGGUGCACCCGAACAACGCUCUGACCAUGCAGUCCUUUGUGUUCACAUGGGCCUGUCCAUGGUUGAGGCCAUUAAAUCGGUUAGAGAAGAGACUAAAUCCUGUGUAGACAUGAGAGUCGGUAUUCACACGGGCGGAGUUUUGGCCGGUGUUUUAGGGCAAAAACAGUGGCAAUUUGAUGUCUACUCGAGAGACGUCGAGUUGGCCAAUAAAAUGGAGUCUGGCGGUUUACCUGGACGAGUCCAUAUUUCAGAGAAAACGUUAUCCUUUUUAAAUGGAGAGUUUGAAGUUACAAAUGGUGAUGGAGCUUCACGAGAAGAAGCCAUUAGACUUGCCAAUGUUCAAACAUAUUUUAUUGUUAGAGUAAUUAAACCAUAUCCAGAAGGUACUUUGGAUGCAAUACAACAAAACAAAGGUGAUAUGACAAACCAAGUUAAUCUUGGGGUUGGAGGUGAUGAAGGUGAUGGUGAAGAUCAUGAGUGUAUCAUUGGCUCAGGAGGAGAGAUAAAGAAUGUCGCUGAAUACAAUGCUCGUCUUCGCCAUGAACUAUUAAAUCGAGAUAAUGCUCACAAUUUAUCAGACCAUAGUUACCCAAUCAGCCUUACCUUUCGUAAUCCAGCCUAUGAGUCUCAGUUUCGGAAUACCCGUGAAAUUACCGGAAGCAUAUCACUGGUUUCACUGCCUUGUACACUUGCCUGUUCAUUUAUAAGUUACAUUUUAAUUGGUCCAUUAACCUUAACCCUGUUUUUGGUCUAUUUUAUCUCGGUAGCCAUACUUGGUCCAACCUCAGUAGCUUCCAUGUCAACCAUAAUAUGCAAAACUUGCCCAAAGCCUCUUCUAGCUCUAUCAAAAGCUGUCCAAGCAAAGUCAUGGGUCCGUCUAGUAAUAGCCACUUCCAUGAUACUUGUUUGGAUAGUUGCUCAUAUCAUUGCCAAUAUAAGUUGUAAUUCUAGUUAUCAAGAUGACACCAUCAAUGAAGACUCCGAGUCUUCAUUAUCAUCCUUAUUAUCGCCAUUUCCAUCUCCAUCAACGUUAACAUCAGAUCUUCCGGCGGAACUCAAUCUUCCACCUUCUCUAUCUUCCUCUUUCUCAUCCUUUUCAUCUUCACCCUCCUAUUCAUAUUCACCAAGCCACUGUAUUCCCCAUUAUCUGGUAUUUUUUGCAAUACUGGGUAUGUUGGCGAUAAGCUCACUCCAAAGGAUAUCUCAUGUUUUCAAGAUGACCUUUAUUUUAAUUCUUGGAGCUCUUCAAAUAGCCUUCAAUUAUACCCUGUUGUAUCAGCAUUUCACCGAUACAACAAUAAGCUCAACCCAUUCAGCAUCCCAUUCACCCACAACAACAGCAACAACAGCAACUCUUAAUCAACCAUCCAGCCUAUCAUCUUCAUCAUCAAGUCUAUCCGGUUCAGCCACCAUUGAAACCGAUGAAACCUCUUUAGCCUCAACCUCAACCUCAACCUCAUCCACAGCUACAACCUCAAGCUGGCUCAGUCAAUCAUCAACCCUAUCCAUAGUAACCCUUAUCGUUGCCAUUGCACUUUACCUGAUUAACCGUAAUUGUGAUUCAAUGGCUCGUCGUCUUUUCCUUUGGCAGAAAGAGGUUGAUGAACAAAAGAAGAAGGUUGAAGAUAUGAGACAAAAAAAUGAAGCACUUGUCUAUAACAUUUUACCUCCGCACGUUGCCAUUCACUUUCUUGGUCGCCGUAAACGAGACGAAGAGCUUUACUCUAAAUCCUAUGAAGCGGUUGGCGUCCUUUUCGCUGCAAUGCCCAAUUUUUCCGAUUUUUAUACCGAAGAGUCAGUCAAUAAUCAAGGCUUGGAAUGUUUACGUUUCCUUAAUGAGGUUAUUUCUGAUUACGAUGCUUUACUUGAACAAGAUCGUUUCCGUGAUAUAAUUAAAAUUAAAACCAUUGGAGCCACUUACAUGGCUGCUUCAGGUUUAAAUGAAGAGGAACGAGAUGAAGCUAAAAGUUGGCAACAUUUAGCAACUUUAACUGAUUUUGCAUUAACUUUAAAGGAAACUCUUAAUAAUAUUAAUAGAGAAAGUUUUAAUAAUUUUGUCCUUCGAAUGGGUAUUAACCAAGGACCAAUAACUGCCGGGGUAAUUGGAGCAAGGAAACCUCACUUUGAUAUGUGGGGUAACACUGUCAAUGUCGCUAGUCGUAUGGAAAGCACAGGUAAAGCUGGCUGUAUUCAGGUUGUCGAAGAAACUGCCAAAAUAUUGCAAGAAUUUGGUUUCAUUUUUGAACAACGAGGUUUAGUUUCUGUUAAAGGAAAAGGCAAACUCAUGACCUACUACCUGAUUGGGAAGAAGUGAUCAUCAUCAUCAUCAUCAUCAUGAUCAUAAUUUUCCUGAUGAUCACUUGUUUGUCAUCCUGUUGUUAUCGCCAUUUUUAUUCAAGACUUGGUACAGAAAUGUCAAGGACUGAACAUUGUAUUAAUAAAAGCAUAACAAAACCAUCUUCACCUUCACUAACAGAAACUGCAUUCUAAUGGUCCUCAUCAAUAUCAUCAUCACCUUCAUCACCUUCACCAACAUCUUUCAUAUUCACUCUCAUCAAUUAUACAAAUGCAUCUUACUACACCUCGACACCUCAAAACAUGCACUAGUUGAAUAAGAAUUGUUUUUUUGUCCGAUUUUCUGGCUUCGCUUGUUCCAAACAAAACAAACCUAAACAGUAAUAAUAAUAAUGAUAAUAAUAAUGUUAUAAAUUAAAUAAUUAAUUGAUUAAAAAACAAAUAAGAUGAAAACUAUUGAUUGUUGCCAAUAUUAAAAUGAAAUUGUAUUAUACCUUGACAAAAUUGAACCUUGUGAAUCUAAUUGCAAAAUUGAUACUCAUUCAAUCUUACAAUUAAAUUAAUGAUCUCUACUGGCCUUUAACGUAUCAUUGAUGAAAGAAGAUGAUGAAUACGACAAUUAAUCAAUUUACAGUGAAAUCCUUCUCAUCUGUUCACUUUUACAGCUUGUAUAAAAUAUCAAUAAAACGGUUUGAAAAAUCGCGA